GUAUCUCUAAUACUUAAGUACGAAAACAAGUAGAUUUCGCCAUUUUGACGAUAUAUUGACGAUUUUUGACUAAAAUGCCGGCCGAAGUCGCUAAAGCCGAAGAAAGCGCUCCUGCUCCAUCAAAACCAACUAUUGGUAUUAUUUACCCACCACCAGAAGUUCGAAAUAUUGUUGAUAAAACAGCUAGCUUUGUUGCCCGAAACGGACCGGAGUUUGAAAGCAGAAUUCGUCAAAAUGAAAUAAAUAACUCUAAAUUUAACUUUUUAAAUGGGAACGAUCCGUACCAUGCAUACUAUCAGCAUAAAGUUAAAGAGUUUAGAGAGGGGAAAGGUGUAGAACCAUCCUCUAAGCCGGGAAGUGGCCUUGGACUUCAGGUAGUAAAUCGACAACAACAGCAAGAAAUUUUACGUCAAGCUGAACCUAUCGUUCCAAAAGAACCUCCUGCCGAGUUUGAAUUUGUGGCUGAUCCACCAAGUAUAUCGGCCUAUGAUUUGGAUGUUGUAAAACUUACAGCACAAUUUGUUGCUCGAAAUGGUCGUCAGUUUCUCACAAAUUUAAUGAACAAAGAACAGAGAAAUUACCAAUUUGAUUUUUUGAGACCCCAACAUUCAUUAUUUACAUAUUUUACAAAAUUGGUAGAACAAUAUACAAAAGUUUUAAUUCCCCCAAAAGAUCUAAAGAAGAAAUUAGAGAAAGAAAAUUUUGAUCCUUUACACGUAUUAGAUCAGGUUAAACAUCGUGUUGAUUGGUUUAGAUAUGAACAAAGAUUGAAGAAAAGAGAGGAAGAAGAAGCUGAAAAAGAAAGAGUAUCCUACGCUCAAGUUGACUGGCAUGACUUUGUUGUGGUAGAAGUUGUGGAAUUUCUUCAGAAUGAAAUGGGUAAUCUUCCACCGCCAACAACUCCGGAUGAAGUAGGAGCAAGAAUAAUAGCUCAACAGCGUUACGAAAGUGUUUCGCAUGAGACAGAAAGCGUUCAAGAAGUUGAAAUGGACGUCGACGAAGAAGAGGAGCAUGCCCAUACUACCGAAAAAGCAGAUGAUAAAAAUAAGAAUGUUGUUCCUCCGCCUCCUCCACAAGACAAACCACAUCAACCUCCAUUGCCACCCACUCCGGAAAAUAUUAUUGUAAAAGCAUACGAUCCAAAGGCAAGCAAGAAAGUUGUUGGUACUUCAUCAGAUUUUGUAUCACCUUUAACUGGAGAAAAAAUAUCAGGAGACAAUAUCAGUAACCAUGUGAAAUACAGUCUAAUUGAUAAGGGAUGGAUAACGCAGAGAGACAAAGCCAUUGCUGACAAGCGAGAUGCUGAAAUUGUUUAUGCUCCUGGAUCUUCAAUCGAUUCUAAUCUAAAACUGUUAGCUGAACGUCGUACAGAUAUCUUCAACGUUGGUGGUGAAUUGGAAGAAACAGAUAUUGGUAAGAAAAUUGGUGAAUCUGAGGAGAGGAGACCCCAAAAAGUUAUCUGGGAUGGUCACACUGCUUCCAUGGAAAGAGUUACACAAAAAGCUAGGGAAAAUAUUUCCAUUGACGAUCAAAUUGCCUCUAUACACAAAUCUGGUACUGAGGAUAAAGACAAAAUUGGGCCAAAAGUUAAAGGAGGAAUUGUUGCUGCCCCGCCAGUUACUGCCCCAAUCUCAUCUGCCCCGCCCACAAAUGUCUCUCAAAACAAGUCUAUGCCCGUACAUAAUCCCAUGCAUUUAGCAACUCAACCUGUCGUUAUGGUUGCAAGACAACCAGCAGUUAUAGGACUACCACCAGGACCACCUAGACCACUUGUUGCUGCUAUGCCCAUUGUACCAACAGUGACACUACAAACAGCAGUAGCAACAAUGCCCCAGCCAAUGAUGGAUGAGCCAGUAGCUAAGAAAGCUAAAACAGAGGAAAGUCUGGUUCCUGAAAGUGAUUUCCUGGCAAAAAAUCCAAGUCCAGUUACAUUCAAAGUUAUUGUUCCUCAUAUGCCGGACAAAUCAGAAUGGCGAUUAAAUGGUCAAAUAGUUUCACUGACAUUACCUCUAAACGACUCGAUCUCUGUAAUUAAAGCAAAAUUGAAUGAAGAAUUGGGCCUUCCAGCUGGUAAACAGAAAUUGCAGCUGGAUGGUAUGUUUGUUAAGGAUCAGUUCUCUUUAGCGUACUAUAAUUUUAAUCCUGGAGCUACGUUACAAUUACAACUGAAAGAGAGAGGUGGACGAAAAAAGUAA